CGUCGAGCGGACGGCGUCUUGGCGGCAAGCAGUGCGAUGGACGAGGACCUGGUGGUGGCGCUGCGGCUGCAGGAAGAGUGGGACGCGCGGGUCGCGCAGCGCGCAGCGGCCCGGGAGCCGCUGUCGUUGGUGGACGCGUCCUGGGAGCUGGCGGACCCCACCCCGGACCUGCAGGCCCUGUUCGUGCAGUUCAACGACCGCUUCUUCUGGGGCCGGCUGGAGGCUGUGGAGGUCAAGUGGAGCGUGCGCAUGACGCUGUGUGCUGGGAUUUGCAGCUAUGAAGGGAGGGGUGGAAUGUGCUCCAUCCGUCUCAGUGAACCCCUUUUAAAGCUGAGACCAAGAAAGGAUCUUGUAGAGACUCUCUUGCAUGAAAUGAUACAUGCCUAUUUGUUUGUCACAAAUAAUGAUAAAGACCGGGAAGGACAUGGUCCAGAGUUUUGUAAACAUAUGCAUCGUAUCAACAGCCUGACUGGAGCCAAUAUAACGGUGUACCACACCUUCCACGAUGAGGUAGAUGAAUAUCGGCGACACUGGUGGCGCUGCAAUGGGCCCUGUCAGCACAGACAGCCAUAUUUUGGCUAUGUCAGACGCGCGACCAACAGGGCACCCUCUGCUCGUGACUUCUGGUGGGCCGAGCACCAGAAAACCUGUGGAGGCACCUACAUCAAGAUCAAGGAGCCAGAGAACUACUCAAAAAAAGGCAAAGGCAAGGCAAAGCCAGGAAAGCAGCCAGCGCCAGCCGUGGAGAAUGCAGAUAAGACCAGGAGAGGUGAGGCACAGCCGUUGGUCCCUUUCAGUGGGAAAGGCUAUGUUCUUGGAAAGACAAGCAGUUCACCUGUGCCUGAGAAAGCCAUUACCUCGCAUGCCGUCAAUGAGACCAAAGAUGUUUUUAAUCAAGGCCAUUCAGCAAACACCCUAAGGUCUGAUUCCAGCAUUGAGGUGAAAUUUGAACAGAAUGGUUUAAGUAAAAAAUCAUCUCAUCUGGUCUCCCCUGUUGUCAGUACCAGUACCAGUCACCAAAGCAUCCUGAGCAGCUACUUUCCCAGGGUCUCAGUUGCCAACCAGAAGGCUUUCAGAAGUGGCAGUGGAUCUCCAACAGCAAGUGGGACCAUUGGCGACAUCACUAAACGCUCUGUCUCUUCUCGCUCUCAGAGAAGGGUUCCAGCUUCUAAGAUGCCCCUGAGAAAUUCCUCCAGAGCAAAGACAUCAGCAUCUGCAGCUGCAGCCCAGGGUGGGGGUGGGUCCCAAGAGAGAUCCCCAAGCAAACGGCCCAGGCUGGAAGACAAAACCGUUCUUGACAACUUUUUUAUCAAGAAAGAGCAAAUACAGAGUGGUGGCAGUGAUGUGAAGAGUAGUUCACUCCCCGCAGUUGCAAGUCAGAGUUCCAGCAGCUGCUGUAGUCAGAGCCAGUUGGUCAGCUGUCCAGUUUGUCAGGAUGAAGUUCUGGAGUCGCAGAUUAAUGAGCAUUUGGACUGGUGCCUUGAAGGUGAUGGCAUCGGAGUCAGCUUCUGAGAAGCUUCUGGAAAGGCGAUGAGUCUCAUUUGUUGCUUGUGACCUCAGGGACCACCGCCAGCCGUUGGGGGAUCUGGGUGACACCAGGCCUGUGGUUAGCACAGUGUUCUGCUGUUUUACUCUAGGUGGAGGUCUAGAGCUGGGCUCAGGAGCUCAUGCCUGUAGUCCCACUACUCAGAGAGCUGAGGUGGAAGAUAGCUGUGAGCUUAUGAGUUUGAGACCAAUCUGGGUAACGUGGAGAGACUACCGUCUCAAAAAAAAUGUUUACAUCUUAAGGUGCUGGGUUUACUCCUGCCUUUCCUACACUGUGGCCCAUAGUUUGUUCUACCUAUGCAGUUUUAGAUAUUUUUGUUCUUUCUUGAAGGCUUUAAAAGCUAUUAAUAUUAAUCUUUAUUUAUAUGUUCUUCUCAAAAUACAUGUCUCAGGAAUGCUGUUGGGUUUUGGUUAAAACUCACUUCCAUAGCACCAGAUGUGCCAAAACCUGGAUGACGUAAAAGUACGGAGUUGAGUCAUUGUAGGGCACUCAAGUUUGGGGUUUUUAUCUUUUUAAAAACAACAGGAUAUAAAUUUUUGAUAUUUUAAAGAAUCUAUCUGUUCCACUUUUACUAAAAGGUAGCAGAUUUUUUGGUUAGAUAAGGAAUACUAUAAAAUAAAUUUAUUUUGGAAUAUUACGAGUAAUAGCUUCUAGUUUUAUAGGACAGAUUUUAUAUUGAGUUUAGCUUCUCAGAAUUUAGUAAAGGGAGUGGCUAAACUCAGGCUGGGCAGUAGCUGGCCCAUUUGGAUGCCAGUGUUUAGAACCAUCAUAACAAAAAGGGUGCCAUUGGUGCACUUGGUUUGUUCCUUUUGCAGAGGCUCUCUUCCUGUUCCUGCUGUGGCGCAGACAGCUUCUGUAUCAGUUGCAUUGUCUCGCAGGGUACCUCUGCUGUCAGCAUUCCCUUGGCCUCAGAGGUUCACUUUUCUUGGUUCUGAACUCUGGUGGUGUGAUUUGUUCCUGGUCAGGUGCAGGAGUCUUACGGGCCAACCCAAGUAAUGUUUACAUGGAAUUCAUCAGUUCACCAUUCCCAUCACCACCAGAGGCUGCUUCUCGUGGUACCGCCUGCUCCCCGGACAGCACCCACCACCUUCACUGUCCCCAAAGGUCACCACUGUUUCCAUCUAAGGUUAGCUCAGCCUGUUUCUGAAAUUGAUGAAGAAGAGGUGGUGUUGCUGUGUGUAGAGCUCCUCCUCACUGCCCCCAUGUGGUGUGCAGGUUUCCAUCCACACCAGCAUUAGUAGGAUUCUCAGUUUGGAGCCAUUGUGAAUGUUGCUGCUGAGCACACUCCUGCUCCGCCCAGUGUGCACAUGGGGAAGGGCCUGUGGGGUCACGUGGCUCUGGGGAACACUGUUGGGGUGCACUCCUCCAGCAGUGCAGGAAAGCUCUUAACUGGUUUUGGCCUGCCCAAGUGUUCAUAUGUCUUAAAGCGUGAAGUUAAUCACUAUUUAAUAAAUAUUUAUAAAUGGC